UCCUCCAUCGUGAGGACUAAAUAAGGUCGAGAACCUCAGAAGCUUACACAGCCACCAGCCCCAGCAACGGCAGCAUGGGCAGCACCAGCCCGGGCCUGAGCAGCGUGGCCCCCAGCCGCCUCCUGCUGCCCCCAGACGCUGUGCUGCGGACGGGCCUGGAAAAGGUGGCAGCGGGGGCCGUGGGGCCUGAGAGACGGGACUGGAGCCCCAGCCCCCCUGCCACGCCCGACCAGGGCCUGUCUGCCUUCUACCUCUCCUACUUUGACAUGCUGUACCCUGAGGACGGCACCUGGGCCACCAAGGGCCCCGGGGCCGGUGCUCGGGAGGAGACACCGGACGAGCCCGAGCAGUGCCCGGUCAUCGACAGCCAAGCCCCCGGGGGCAGCCUGGACUUGGCACCGGGGGGGCUGACCCUGGAGGAGCACUCGCUGGAACAGGUGCAGAGCAUGGUGGUGGGCGAAGUGCUUAAGGACAUCGAGACGGCCUGUAAGCUGCUCAACAUCACAGCGGACCCCAUGGACUGGAGCCCUGGCAACGUGCAGAAGUGGCUCCUGUGGACGGAGCACCAGUACCGGCUGCCCCCCGUGGGCAAGGCCUUCCAGGAGCUGGGGGGCAAGGAACUGUGCGCCCUGUCGGAGGAGCAGUUCCGCCAGCGCUCACCUCUGGGUGGGGACGUGCUGCACGCCCACCUGGACAUCUGGAAAUCAGCGGCCUGGAUGAAAGAGAGGACUUCUCCUGGGGCGAUUCACUGCUGCGCCUCCGCCAGCGAGGACGGCUGGACCGACAGCGAGGCGGACUCCUCGUGCUCCGGGCAGCCCAUCCACCUGUGGCAGUUCCUCAAGGAGCUGCUGUUGAAGCCGCACAGCUACGGCCGCUUCAUCCGGUGGCUCAACAAGGAGAAGGGCAUCUUCAAAAUUGAGGACUCGGCUCAGGUGGCCCGGCUGUGGGGCCUCCGCAAGAACCGGCCGGCCAUGAACUACGACAAGCUGAGCCGCUCCAUCCGCCAGUAUUACAAGAAGGGCAUCAUCCGGAAACCAGACAUCUCCCAGCGCCUAGUCUACCAGUUUGUGCACCCCAUCUGAGGGCUGCGGGCCGCCCUCGGCAGGCCCCCUCCUGCCCACCCCGUCUCCCGCAGUCCCUGAGCUGAGAGAGAGCGCCGUCUCCUGGCAACGGAGUGUAAGGUCCGGGAGGGCACGGCCCACUGCUUCCAGGGGCAUAAAUGAGCUCUCCCGGGCCCAGGGGACCCCAGGGUGGGAGAGCUUCCUGCUCGGGGCUGACUGCUCAGGCGCUCAGUCCGCUGGAGGAUGUUAGAAGCCUGGGCCGUCCUCCGUGUUCACGGCUCCCCGGGGAAGGCCGUCCCCCGACCCCAGCCUCUGACCCCAGAAUUUCCAGAGCCGAGCCUGGAAUGACAGUGACUUAGCCAUGGCCGCUAGCAGUCCAGCCCUCCCUGCCGCCCAUCCUGCACCAUGCUUGGCGUGGUGCUAGGAGACAUCCGCAACCCCGAGUCGGGGAGCCUGGGGUGCUCCUGGGAACGGAUAAUAAAGAUGCUAGAGAACUA